CAAUCAUAAGAGUGUCUGAAGAUUAUUACGUCAAAACUAGAGCAUCAAUAACUUUAAUUGCAAAGUUUCAAGGGAUACCUUGUCAUUUCAAAGUGAAUAGUGCUUCACCUGUUUUAACAUCGUUUUUAAAGAAUUAUAUUUAGCAAAUAAAAUGUCUAUUAGUAAAGUUUUUGGAAAAGAUACCGUUAUUUUUGCUACUGCUGAAGAUCAUUCAACGCCAAGUACAAUAAAAUUGCCACCACCGGAACCAGCCCCUGGUCUUAUAUUACCUGAUGGAGAAAUUAAUUGGAACUGUCCAUGUUUAGGAGGAAUGGCAACUGGACCGUGCGGAGUAGAAUUCAGAGAAGCAUUUUCUUGUUUCCACUACAGUCAAGCCGAACCAAAAGGGUCAGAUUGUUAUGAUGCUUUUAAAACUAUGCAAGAUUGUUUUAGCAAUUACCCAUCGGUAUACAAUAAAAGCGACAUGGGUCAGGCCGAUGAUAAUAACGACAUUGAGGGGUUAGCGCAUUUGGAUGAUAGUUCUGAGGAUAGAGAAAAUGAUACGGUGGAAUCAAUUGAUGACAAAGCAACGACAAUUGAGGAAAAAAAGUAAUACUAAGAUUAAAUCAAACCCAUUCAUCUCCUUGCAAAUUGUUCAUGCCAAUUUCCAUGUCUGGGAAAGACAAUUUUAAAGAUGUGUUAAUUCUUCUUAGCUUAUAAGUUAGUCGAAAAUGUAUCAUAAUAAACAAUAAGCUGAAAUUACAACGACCAUGUAAUAUUUA